AUGCAGAACCAGGCAGCACCACAUGCGAACGAACCUCGGACCAAUUUUGCCGCACUGCUUGAAAAAGGUGGGCCUUGAAGAUUUUUUUAGUGGUUUCUUCUGUUUUUAGGUAUUUUUCAUGAAGCAUAACUUCUAAGAUUUGACUUGGGUCCCUUCUCUAUCUAGUUUGCAACUUUCCGCUGAGAUUUAAGCUUGAAAUUGGUAUUAUUGAGCUUAUUGUGGUUUAGCUACCUAAAGUAAUGUCUCUCUUCUCGGAAAAAUGAAAAUUCAAAUGAGAUAUGGGUAAAAUACGUCCGAAUUUGUUCGGUUAUCAUCUACUGAAAAUAUUUCUUUUGUUUUUUUGAGUUUCCCAUUUUCUGAAACAUUUUAUUUUCACAUGGUAUAACAUCAAAUUUGGUGGAUAAAUUCCCAAUUUUUGGUAUAAGCUGGACGUGAAAUAGCCUGAUCAUUCUUCCUUUUCUAGACCGUCGAACGUUGUCCAAAAUCCGCACAGUUGUCCUCAAACUAAACGAAUAUGUGGAGAAGAAUUGUGUUGGAGAGAACCUCACCGUAGACGAGGUGAAAUCGCGUUUCAAAAAGCUUUCGGACACCAUUGAGCGUGAUUAUGAGUAAGUGCAUGCCUUUUUCUCAUUGUUUUGAAUUUAGGUCCAUCGAACAAAAUGCAAUGAAGCUGAUGGCCUUAACCCAGGAUAAUCACAAUCACAGCCAACAAAUGAACCGGCUAAACAACUUUUUGAUGGAAUCUCUAUGCGAUACUGGCACCAAAGGGAUCUAUGAGAAGGCUCAGCAACUCACGUCGACUUCGGAGUCAACGUUUUUUGUAUGUUGGUUUAGACAGACCUAGUACAAUAUAUUUUGCAUUGAUAUUUCAGUUUUUUGGCGUAAAAAUGAGUUGGAUCAAAUUUUCAUGGGGUUGAGAGGUUUCUUUUUAGGAGUAUCUCAACUACGCAUAUGAGUUCAUGAAGACGACAGCUCCACCAUCAAAACCAAGAAGAUUAGAUGAUGGAAAUCGAUUGCAUGCAGUGAAUUGGAGGAACCAGCAGCUUUUUGAAGAAGUAAGUGGAUUUUUUAUUUGCUGUUUUUUCUAUUUAGGCCGAUUUUUGGGUGGCUGCGUAUUUUACCAACAGAAAGUAAGACUUGACCCAAAAUGCUACUUUUGGUCAAGUGUUACUCUGGGCCGGAAAAUGGCGAAAGUUCGAAUUGAGGUUGAAAAUUGAAUAUAACAGAAAAAGGAUUUUAAUUUUGCACCUUCAGGGAUUCGACAUCUUCAAAAAAUUCAACAAGAGAAUCCUGAUAAAUUGGCUGGAGAAGAGCAAAUUCGGAGGAAUUUUGGAAGUCCGCCUAAUGAAUGGUGAUAAAGGCAUUGUCUGUAUGAUGAAAUGGCUCUUUGUUGUCUACAAUGGCCAAUUCGAAUAUGUCCACAUCAUCGCGCCCUUCGAAGACUACACUUAUCAAGAUGACAACCGAAAACGCGUCGAUUUGAGUGUGGAAAGCAAGUAUGAGAUCUACCGAAGGCUGACACAUCAGGCAAAUGUGGUCCUACCGCAGUAUGCGUCCUUCACUGCCGACCACAGGAACUAUAUCAGUCAUAUCAUGCAACAAUAUUUCUUCAAAAUGACCUCCUUCGAUGAGGUGUGCUUCCAGUGCAAAAAACAUCUCAAGGACUUCCAACCACCCAUCAUUGAUCCAAGAACGGCGAAGAAACCGUUCCAUGAGAGCUGUCGAUGA